GAAUGCGAAUGAAGAAACAGCCUUAGAACAUUUCUCCAUAGAGGAUGGCGCACCGCAGGCCAAUCCUGCUUUACCAGUGACCAGCGGCAUACCCAGCGAGCUCCGAAAGGUGUCCACGGGCAAAGGUAGGGGAGAGGAACCUGAACAAAGCACAACACAGCAGAAAUCUGGGGAGGGCAUGACCGUGACCAACCAGGAGCCAACCAUACUGGUGACCAACCACGACUCCCCCAGUCAAGAGGGGGACGAGAGAGAGACGUCAUCGGAGAGCCACUCCUCUGAGCCUGAGGGGAGAAAGGAGGGCGGCACGGGGCCUGCCAAACCCGACUGUGAGGCGGAAUGUUCUGGAGACGCGUUACCACCACUCAACACAAGUGUGGGAGAAACAGUGGCUAAGGAGGUGAAGAAAGGGGAAGAGGAUGUGCUGGCAGGCAUUCUAGAGGGUUCAGAACAGAAUCAUGCCAACACGCUUGGGGAAAAGGUAACGGGAGCCUGUGGCUUGAACAGACAGCCCUACAAUGCACCUGCAGAGGAGGCAGGGGUGGGGACGGCGGGUUUGCUCUCACCCCUGCUCUCUCCCGCCCCUCCCCCACCCCCCCACCACCAACACAUCCAGACGCAGGUGAGCCUGGAGACCCCAUCCUGCCACUCAGUUGCCACCAGCCCCAUGACCCCGCCCCAGGGCUCUGGGGACUACUUCUUCCCCUACUCCUUCAGGAAGGCAGGGCUCGACAGCGGCGAGCUGCCCCAGCCUCUCUACCGAUCCGUCGCCACGGCGCCCAUGAGCCCCCUCACUCCCACCAUCACAGUCCCAGAAUCCCCCUGUCCUGAGAUCACGGUCACAAGGGCAGGAAAUGGGAGCAGCCAGCAGGGGCCACCACAAAUUGCACAUGGGGGUAUUCAGAAGGGUGUGGCCCCACAGGUGGGUGGGAACACUGACAUGCUCAUUGGGGGGCCAAGACCAGCAGAGUCAAACAUCAAGAGCACUGAGAGCAUAGCCCCUGAAGGGCCCUCAGCCACGACCUCAAGUGCAUCUGGCCCCACCCCAGGUCAGGAGACCACAGAAAGAACGCGGGACCAGUGCAUCAAGCCUGGUGCUGAUGCGGGCGCCGGGCAACCAGGCCCUUCACUGGCAAAUCACGGGACUGUCUGCUCUGUCACACCACAGGGAGACACCAGAGAAAGAGGAUCAGCACCACAAUUAAUCGAGCUUGAUACAAAGGCCUCUAAAGUACAGAGUGUUGACCUCGGUCCCCAGAAGAGUGGGGGGCAUGCUACAAAUAGGGCUGAGGGUGUGCCAAACAAGUAUAGUGGCAGGGGACACUGUGACCUAGGGGAAGCCAGGCAACUCACUGUGGAAGACUUCACCUUUGAUGAUGGGCAGUCCCAUAAUGCACCUGCAGAGGGAGUAUCAGAGAAAACAGCUGGCCUGCCAUCGCCCCUGCUCUCCCCCGCUCCUCCCCCACCACCUCACCACCAUCACAUCCAGACGCAAGUAAGCCUGGAGACCCCAUCCUGCCACUCAGUCGCCACCAGCCCCAUGACUCCGCCCCAGGGCUCUGGAGACUACUUCUUCCCGUACUCCUUCAAGAAGGCGGGGCUCGACAGCGGCGAGCUGCCCCAGCCUGUCUACCGAUCCGUCGCCACGGCGCCCAUGAGCCCCCUCACCCCCACCGUCACAGUUCCACAGUCCCCCUGUCCUGAGAUCACGGUCAUGGAUGUCAAAGGGGAUGUGGAUGGGGUCACAGAGCUGGGGAAGGUGAAAGCAGGAGAUGGGCAGCAGGAGGUGGUGCAGGCGGUGCGCUGGGAUGAGAAGGGCAUGACCUGGGAGGUGUAUGGGGCUGCAGUGGAGGUGGAGGUGCUGGGCACAGCCAUCCAGAAACAUCUGGAUAAGCAGGGGGAGGAGCCAGGAAAACAGCCUCCGCCCCUUUCCCCUCCCGUUUCUCCUCCCCUUUCCCCACCUCCGGCUCCGCCCGUAGAUCCACCGUCCUCCCCUUCACCUCCCACAUCCUCCCCUCCUCCUCCACCUGACUCACCUCCUGCCUCUUCCCCUCCUCCUCCUGCUCCUCACUCACCUCCUGCCUCCUCCUCCCCUCCUGCUCCUCCUCGCUCACCUCCUGAGCCUGUCUCUGUGCCCAGCAGCAACGGCGGCAAAGUGGAAGGAGAGGGUGUGGCCAGUAAGCCGGACGUGGGCGAUGAGGUGGGAGUGACCAGUGAGCCGGGCACGGACGGUGAGCCGGGUGUGGCCAGUGAGGUGGGCAUGUCUGAGAAAGUGGGCGUGGAGGGAGAGGUGGGCGUGACGGGAGAGGUAGGCGUGGUGGAGGAGGUGGAUGCGGCUGAAGACGUUGCCGUGGUCGCUGAGGCUGGCAUCGGCGAGGAGGAUGUGGGCGGGCAGGAGCCGGAGGAGAAGAAGAGGCGUCGGCGCAACCCGUUCCGUGCCAUGUUUAGGAACAUACGCCGCCCACGCUGCUGCUCCAGGACUCACGCCAUUGACUGACAAUAUCGCCGUCCAGCAACAAUGGGCCUUUGCUAAUGCCCAAGGAUCGUUCAGAGCAAUCAGUGCAUCCAAGCUCACACACGGCUGUGUGUACAGUGCAUAAUUGUGCAGCUGUGUGGAGCAUUUAGAUGUCUUUGUGUAGACUGUAAUUCUGCAAAAGUCCUCAUGUUAGAACAGUAUAUUUUUCUAGCACUGUAUUUAAAAAGGUAUGUGGACUGCACUAGCCAGGGGUGCAAUAUCCUGUUGCUAUGAUUGAUCACUUCUUUUUUGUGAUUCGGAUGAGAAAAUUUAAUCUGAAUAGAUUUGAUUUGUUCAAGGAUUUAUGGGAAGGGGAAUUUGGGUGGGGGGGGGGUGUUGGCAGUGUUGUCUUUUGAUCGUCUUUCUGGAUAUUCUGGGCAUUGCUUAUUUUCUGAAUUCUAUAGUUUUAGUAUAGUUUUUGCUUGAGUCUAAGAAACAUUUGUUCAUGUUGUUUUUAUUAUCAGAGUUAUUCUAGACUGCCAUGAAACAGAAUUAGUCAGAAAUGCCAGUUUAUGUAUUUUCUCUGUAUUAUUAUUAUUAUUAUUAUUAUUAUUUUGUAUCUCCACAAAGCAUGUGAUAAAGAUCUUCAUAGAAAAGAUCCGGCUUCUUGGUUAUGAAAACAGCAGUACAUUCUUUGCAGUUUUGUCCACUUUGUCAUUGUUGUUGCAUCUGGAUUUUAUUAGUGGCAUUUGGAUAUUGUUUUAAAAUGUGAAGUUUGACCUGUUAUUCUGUGCACAAUAAUAAAUCAUCACUAAAUCUAAUCUA